AUGAAUCCACUUAAUUUGGGGGUUAACUUUUCUCCGUCUUUCUCUGUUAAAUUUUGUAAUAUUGAUGAAAAUAUUGGGGAAAUUUCUGGCUCGAAGCUUUGUACUGCUACAUUUAUAGAGCAAGGGAAAAUUCUUGUUUUAAAAGGCGGUGUGAAUUUACAAAAACAUUUACAUUUUUAUCAAUGGUUUCAUUUUGCCAAACAAUUUUUAUCAUUCCGGCCAAUUAGCAAGCAAGUUCUUGUUUGUGGAUUAAUGGUUUUAGAACCUUUUCUUUUACGUUUUGAGUCAAAUAAAGGUUUUUAUUUAUUUUUUUACAUAUUCCUCUCUUUAGAUCUUCAAAAUUUUUUUUCUUUGUUACCUCCGUCGGAGUCAAUAGAUGAUGAGGAAUUAUCAAGUUCUACACAAAAUUCUUCAAGAAAAAGAAAAUGUUUAUCAAAUAAUGAAAUGAAUUCUGAAUUUAAUUCUAGAACGGAGGAAGUGUCAGCCACCCAAUAUUUUCAAUUUUAUGGAUCUCUUUUUCAACAGCAAAAUAUGAUGCAAGAUUAUACAAGAACAGCAACAUACCAACGUGCAAUACAUGAAAAUUAUUUAGAUUUUCGUGAUAAAGUAUAA